CUGGUGCUCACCUCUGCCACUGACUAGUUGGAGUGCACUCGUUAAAUUUUACAUAGUAGAAUCCUUUCUUCAGUGUUUGUGGCGUUAUCAGCACGAACAUCCUGUUUUUAUAUAUAGUACGUCAGUGAGUGUUAACCAGACCAGAUGGAUGGUUGUGUUCUGGUGAAAAUUAACAAAUUUAAUAACAGGUGUUAAAUAUGUGAACCUGGUUAAAAAAAAAAGUUACACAGUAUUGUAAUGGCAGACCACUAUACAGUGGCAGAUGAAGAGCAUAUACAAGAUCUAAGUAGUCAGCUUAAUGAGCAGCAAGCAAGGAGACAAACUCAAAUAAACAUGCAGGAACAGCAGAUUAAGGAGAGAAGUGAAUGGAAGGACUCCCUUAAUGAUGCUUGGACAGCGUCCCUUGGGGAUUUGGAGGGUAAAGUCCUCACUCUGGGGUCAUCCAACGUUGCUCAUUGUGAAGUGGUGUCCACUGAAGAGAAGUGCAAUAAACACCUUGAUGCAGCUAUAAAUGUUAAUUUACCUGAUGCUAUGCUUUGCCACAUGCUUGAGAUUGAUAGUAGUAGUGCACAUGAAAGCAAAAGCAGUGUGUCAUCGGAGCCUUCCAACGACCCUACUCGACUCUUCAGGAACACCGAAACAGUUACUGAUAAAAGCGACACUAGUGAGCAUUCUAUUUGUUUUGAAGAAACUGUGGAUAGUUUUCCAGACGUACUAAAGAGUGAUAGUGAUGCAGACAGAGAGACUGUGUUAAAGGAAUCUACUUCACCCAGCUGUAUCAGCCCAUCUGAUAAAUCUGCAUCCCCAUUGGGCAGCAAGGAUGUGGUCAAAUUUGAGCUCUCGCACUGGUCCUCGUAUAGUGGGCGCCCACAGUCAGUGCGUCUUAUUAAGGUUGAAGCCAAGAAUGUUAAAAGAACUUCAAGUUAUGAUUCAGAUAUACAAAACAGGUAUAUAGCUUCCAUGGAGCAUCACAUCAAACAACUCAAAGACGAGCGUGAAAGUGUACAGAAGAAAACAUUUAUGAAAUGGGUGAACUCUCAUUUGGUUCGUGUCAGUGCUCGAAUUGGUGACCUCUAUGUUGACCUUCGAGAUGGCAAGCAACUCAUCAAGCUUCUUGAGAUUCUCUCUGGAGAACGACUACCACGACCCACUAAGGGAAAGAUGCGAAUUCACUGCCUGGAGAAUGUCGACAAAGCUCUGCAAUUCUUGCGUGAUCAGCGUGUCCACUUGGAAAACAUGGGCUCACAUGAUAUCGUGGAUGGCAAUGCACGUCUCACCCUGGGUCUUAUCUGGACUAUCAUCCUCCGUUUCCAGAUUCAAGACAUUACCAUAGAAGAGACAGAAAAUCAAGAGACAAAGAGUGCCAAGGAUGCCCUCCUCCUCUGGUGCCAGAUGAAGACUGCUGGUUAUCACAACGUUAACAUUAGAAAUUUCACUACUUCUUGGAGAGAUGGUUUGGCUUUUAAUGCCAUCAUUCACAAACAUAGGCCAGAUUUGGUGCAGUAUGAGAAAUUAUCUCGGUCAAAUCCUAUUUACAAUCUUAACAAUGCUUUCAAUGUGGCUGAAAACAAACUGGGCCUCACCAAACUACUUGAUGCUGAAGACAUAUUUGUUGAGCAGCCUGAUGAAAAGUCCAUUAUCACCUAUGUUGUCACAUACUACCACUACUUUUCUAAAUUGAAGCAGGAGACAGUCCAAGGCAAACGUAUAGGCAAGGUAGUUGGUAUUGCCAUGGAGAAUGAUAGAAUGAUCAAAGAUUAUGAAGGAUUGACUUCAGAUCUUCUCAAGUGGAUUGAAACUACUAUAGAGUCUCUUAAUGACAGAGCUUUUGCCAACUCCUUAGCUGGAGUGCAAACACAGUUGACACAGUUCAACACUUAUCGCACUGUAGAAAAACCACCAAAGUUUGUAGAAAAGGGUAAUCUUGAGGUGCUACUUUUUACUCUGCAGUCCAAAAUGAGAGCCAAUAAUCAGAAGCCAUACUUGCCUAAAGAAGGUAAAAUGAUUAGUGACAUAAAUAAAGCCUGGGAACGUUUGGAGAAGGCAGAGCACGAGCGUGAAUUGGCAUUGAGAGAAGAACUCAUUCGUCAAGAAAAAUUGGAACAGCUGGCAGCUAGGUUUAACCGCAAGGCUGGGAUGAGAGAAACUUGGCUUUCCGAAAACCAAAGGCUUGUUUCUCAGGACAACUUUGGCUUUGACUUGGCAGCAGUGGAAGCAGCAGCAAAGAAACACGAAGCCAUUGAGACUGAUAUCUUUGCCUACGAGGAACGUGUACAGGCUGUUGUUGCAGUGGCACAAGAGCUGGAGACUGAACGUUAUCAUGAUAUUGAACGCAUCAACGCCAGGAAGGAUAAUGUGUUACGGUUAUGGAACUACCUGCUAGAGCUUUUGCGUCUUCGUCGCAUGAGGCUUGAACUUUCUCUACAGUUACAACAGAACUUCCAAGAAAUGAUAUACAUUCUAGAUUCUAUGGAAGAUAUGAAGGUGCGCCUGUUAAGUGAAGAUUAUGGAAAACAUCUUAUGGGUGUAGAAGACUUGUUGCAGAAACACUCCCUGUUGGAAGCAGAUAUUAAUGUUCUGGGUGAGCGUGUAAAGACUGUUAUUGAGCAUUCUCAGAGGUUCCUCGAUGACGAGCAAGUGGAAGGUUAUCGGCCAUGUGAUCCAUCCAUUGUCUUGGAACGUGUGCAGCAACUAGAAGAUGCUUAUGGUGAGUUAGUCAAGCUUGCAGUAGAACGUCGUUUACGCUUGGAAGAAUCCCGCAAAUUAUGGCAGUUCUACUGGGAUAUGGCAGAGGAGGAAAACUGGAUCAAGGAGAAAGAACAAAUUCUGUCAACAUCAGAUAUAGGGCAUGACCUCAUUACUGUCAACCUACUCUUGACUAAACACAAGACAGUUGAAGAAGAACUUCUUUCUCACGAACCCCAGAUAAUGGCUGUUGUGAAAGUUGGAGAAGAACUAAUUAUCCAACAGCACUUUGGUUCUGACAAAAUUCAAGAGAGAAUCGAUGAAAUUAUGGGAAUGUGGAACAACCUUAAGGAGAAAUCUGCAACUAGGAAGAAGAGACUUACUGAUGCAGUGGAUCUGCAUCAGUUCUACACGGAAGCUGAUGAUGUGGACACUUGGAUGCUUGAUAUACUCCGUUUAGUAUCCAGUGAAGAUACUGGCCGCGAUGAAGCCACUGUUCAGUCCCUUCUCAAGAAACAUAAGGAUGUUACUGAAGAGUUGAAAAAUUAUGCUACAACAAUUGAAGCUCUUCACCAACAAGCAUCAGAGCUUAAUGAGAUUGACAGGGAAUCACCAGAUGUGGUUGAAAGAUUGGCAUCCAUUGACAGACGUUACAAAGAGCUCUUGGAAUUGGCAAAAAUGCGCAAACAGAGACUUCUUGAUGCCCUAUCAUUGUAUAAGUUGUUCACAGAGGCAGAUGGUGUUGAACAGUGGAUAGGAGAGAAAGAAAGAAUGCUUCAAACUAUGGUCCCUGCAAAGGAUAUUGAAGAUUGUGAGAUCAUGAAACACAGAUAUGAAGGAUUUGAACAAGAAAUGAAUGCUAAUGCUAGCCGUGUUGCAGUGGUGAAUCAGCUAGCUCGCCAGCUGUUACAUGUAGAGCAUCCUAAUUCAGAGGAUAUUGUAGCUCGUCAGAAUCAACUAAAUCAACGCUGGGCAGAGCUGCGAGAAAAGGCUGAGGGCAAACGUGAGGAACUUAACUCUGCCCAUGGUGUUCAGACAUUCCACAUUGAAUGCAGAGAAACUGUUCUAUGGAUUGAGGAUAAGAAGAGAGUCUUGAUGGAGACUGCUGAUCUUGGUACUGAUCUUAGUGGUAUUAUGACUCUCCAACGACGCCUUUCUGGUAUGGAACGAGAUUUAGCAGCAAUUCAAGCAAAGCUGGAUUCUCUAGAAAGAGAAGCAGAUAAAAUCAGUCAAGAUCAUCCUGAAGAAGCUGAGCUUAUUCGUGAACGUAUUGAACAAAUUCGUGCUGUAUGGGAUCAGCUUACUCAACUCUUGAAGGAACGUGAUGCUAAACUUGAGGAGGCUGGUGAUCUUCAUCGCUUCUUGCGUGAUCUGGAUCACUUCCAGGCCUGGCUGACAAAGACCAUGACUGAUGUUGCUUCAGAAGAUAUUCCAUCUAACCUUGCUGAAGCAGAGAAGCUUCUCAGUCAGCACCAAUCUAUCAGAGAAGAGAUUGACAACUAUACAGAAGACUACACCAAAAUGAUGGAAUAUGGUGAACGUAUAACUGCUGAAGAUGUCACUCCAGCUGAUGAUGCACAGUAUAUGUUCUUGAGAGAACGUCUCAAAGCCCUUAAAGACGGCUGGGCAGAAUUGCACCAAAUGUGGGAAAACAGACAGCAACUUUUGUCUCAGUCUCUUAACUUACAAAUGUUCUUGCGUGACACAAAGCAGGGUGAAGUACUUCUCAGUCAGCAGGAGCACUACCUCAGUAAGGAUGAGACUCCCACAAAUUUGGAACAAGCUGAGAACCUUAUAAAGAGACAUGAAGCCUUCCUUACUACCAUGGAAGCCAAUGAUGAAAAGAUAAAUGGUAUUUGUCAAUUUGCUCAGAGACUUUUAGAUGAAGAGCACUUUGCUGCAGAUAAAAUCCAGAAGAAAGCAGAAAACAUUGAAGAACGUCGUCAGCAAAAUAGGGAGAGAGCAAUGGAACAGAUGGAACGAUUACGAGAUCAGUUGCAGGUUCAUCAAUUCCUUCAAGACUGUGAAGAACUAAAUGACUGGGUACAAGAAAAACAUAUCAUUGCUCAAGAUGAAAGCUAUCGCUCUGCUAAGACUGUGCAUAGUAAGUGGACCCGUCAUCAGGCCUUUGAGGCAGAGAUUGCCAGCAAUAAAGACAGGCUUAUUAGAGUACAACGGGCUGGAGAAGAGCUAGUUAAAGUGAAGCCAGAGAUGGCUGAACUCAUUGGGCCCAAAAUUACUGAACUGAACCAACACUUUGAUGCUUUGGAAACCACUACCAAAGAAAAAGGUGAACGUCUCUUUGAUGCUAACCGGCAAGUGCUUUAUGAACAGACAUGCGAUGACAUUGAUACAUGGAUGACUGAUUUGGAAAAGCAAAUUGAGGGUGGUGACACUGGAAUAGAUCUCACCUCUGUAAAUAUACUUAUGCAGAAACAACAGAUGAUUGAGACACAAAUGGCUGUUAAAGCCAAACAGGUAGAACAAUUAGAAAGUCAAGCUGAUUAUUUGCAGCGUAUGACACCGGAUAAGACCGAAGAAAUUAAAUUAAUGAAAGUAAAGGUAGAAUCAAAGUUUGAGUCUCUAAAAGGUCCUCUAGGAGAGCUUAACAGGGCUCUAGGAAAAAAGAAAGAAGCAUAUCAGUUCAGAAGGGAUGUGGAGGAUGAAAAAUUAUGGAUAUUAGAGAAGAUGCCUCAGGCAUCUAGUACAGAGUAUGGUAACACACUCUUCACCGUCCAUAUGCUAAAGAAAAAGCUCCAGAGUUUAAGUACAGAAAUUGAUAAUCAUGAACCACGCAUUAACUUAGUAUGUGCAAAUGGCAGAAAACUUAUUGAAGAAGGACAUGAAAGUGCAGAUGAAUUCCACAAGUUGCUAGAGGACCUGUUAGAUCAUUGGGCCAAAUUGAAGGAUGCUUUGGAACACAGGAGAUCCAAACUUUUGGUUUCAGAGAAGGCACAACAAUAUCUCUUUGAUGCCAGUGAGGCUGAGGUUUGGAUGAGUGAACAGGAACUUUACAUGAUGGUGGAAGACCGUGGCAAGGAUGAGCUUUCUGCUCAGAACUUGAUGAAGAAACAUCAGAGCUUAGAGUGUGCUGUAGCAGACUAUGCUGAAACAAUAAGGCAACUUGGUGAAACCGCCAGACAUCUCAUUAACGAAGAACAUCCUGACAGACAGGACAUCUCCACUGCCUCCAGCCGCCGCCUCGCUGCAGCAUUUACAACCCAAGCUUCACAACCAUAUAAGAGGGUUGGUACCACUAUACUUUCUUACAUUCCCUUCUUUGCCUCCAUGGAUAAUGUUUUUUGUCUACAAAUACCUCGACGCUCCACACCUUUUUUCUUCAUCAAUUCUAUGAUUAACCUCAUCCUUCAUAAACCCAUCCGCAGACACGUCAACUCCCUUAUAUCUGAAAACGUUCACUUCUUCCAUACUCUCUCCAAUGUGAUAUCCAGUUUUUCUUUAAAUCAUUUGAUACACUUGUCACCCUACUCUUAUCUAUGUUCACUUUUAACUCUCUACCUUUACACUCCCUCCCAAACUGGUCCACAAACCUUUGGCAACAGGUUCAGGAAGACUUCCAAGUCAAGCAGAUAUGCAGGGAUAAACCCCGUGAAAUUACUAACAGAAAAGCUGAAGGGGUUUUUCAGCAGGGUUGAAUUUGCAAGGAUGUUUUUGGAGGUGUACCAGUUUGCUCGUGAUGCAUCUGUAGCAGAGCAGUGGCUUAUUGCUCAGGAGCCUUACCUCUUAUCUACAGAGUAUGGGAGAUCCAUUGAUGAUGUUGAAAACCUUAUCAAGAAGCAUGAGGCAUUUGAUAAGGCAUGUUCAGCCCAGGAAGAACGGUUUGCUGCCUUAGAAAGACUAACGACGCUUGAAGCCCUUAAAGUAACUGAUGCAAGACCACGAGCUAACAGUGGUGAUGGAAUCAGUGUACACCGCAUCUAUCUUCCUCCAUACUCACCUCGCCCACCCUCUCCGCGCCACUCACUCCCCACCCCUGUACAUGCAUAUUUCACAGCAUUUUCUUGUCCGGCUUUAACGCAGUUGCACACUUCUAGGCAAAACAGUUCUCGUGUAUUGUCAGAAAAUAUGCUAGCUAAGCCUGUUGUUAGGAAUUCUUUAAAAAAACACCGGAGACGAUUGAGUUCCACCUCAAAUCCACAACUGUCUGAAACUAUACGCACAAAAGAUUUGGAUACAGACAGUUUGUUUGCAGACAUGUUAAAUCAUCGUUGCAAUUAUUAUGAAGGGCGUCCAACUAGUGCUCCGCCUAGUAAUUCACUACAAAUUAGCUCCAAACUUUCUUCAUAUAAUAGCACAUCCACAUCGAUCAGUCAGUCCCAACAAGUAGAAAAUAGAGACAGUGAAUUUUCCCAUCUAGGUAUUCCAGAUGGAGGUUGUGAUAGUAAAUCCAAUAGUUCAGUUUGUGAAUUUGUUAGUGUGGAUGAAUAUGAAGCUCCAUAUCUAGAGGAGUCUAUUGACAGAAUAUCCGAAUUUUGCUCAUAUGGUAUAGAAUUUAGAAAUGCCUCAGAGCUUGAUUGUAUUAAUGAAAUGGAGGGGGAAGAGAUGAUUGAUCCAGUAAGUAGUUAUAAAGCACACAGAAAAAGUCAGAUAUAUGGUUAUACAGACACAGCUGAGGAUAGUACUACUCUCCCACCCAUUUAUGAAAUAGAAGGUGAGGGAUCAGAAAUUACUGAAUUGACUGACCCACCCAGAUCAGUUGAGUACUGGAGCAGUGAAAGUCUGCUUGAUGAGAAGUCAGAGCUCUUGAGUGUAAAGUCUGGUAAAACUACCUUUGCAGAUUCCCCAAAUCAGAGGCUUACUAAGAAAAAUUAUUGUGCUCAGUAUUGCUCUGAUAAUGAUUCCAUCAUGAGCUAUUAUUCUGUUAUUCCCCCUCCUGAUGGCUUGAGGGAUAGUAUACGUAAUGUUGAUCACUUAGUGGGAAAAUUAGACCUGAAAAAUGUACAGGGGUGCCCCUCUCCUGUAUCACCUUUUCCCCUCACUCCACCCAAUACUUGUGAUUCCUCUCCUAAGCUGUUAAAUGUUAAACACCCUGCAAGAAAUAACCUGCAUGCUCUGUCUGGUGUAGAGUAUGAACUAAAGGAGUUGAAGAGGAAACAGGAGGAGGAGGAAGAAGAGCGGCGAAGACAAGAGGAGCUGGCAAGACUAGCAGCUGCUCCUCCUCCACAGUCACCUGAUCAACCACCAGAUGGAGUUGAUGGUACAGCAGAAGACUUCCAUGUCAAUGGAGAAGAGCAUGAUGAAUCACGAGAAGAGCAUGAUGAGAGUGCCGCAGUGCGAGGGGGUAGUGCACCUAGCACCCCACGACCCCCUUCCACUCCCGCCACCCCUACUUCUGCAUCCAGCGCAGCUCGAGGGCGCCCUACCUCUGCCACCCUUCCAGCACAGUCAUCUCUGUCAUCCACAGCCUCGCCCCCUACUCCUGCUAGUAAGGAGUCACGACGGAGGGUGCGUUCUAGGUCGAAGUCUCCAUUCCGCUCUUUCCGCUGGAAGAAAUCCAAGUCUUCUCCAACCGGAGCACCGGGUAGUGCAUCUGAUGAUGAAUCGAAUCUGGAGAGGGCAGCAGCCCCAAAACACCCACCCUCAGUGGCCCCCACUACAACUGCUACCACGGCAGCGGCCCCCACAACCCCAGCCCCAGCCAAGGAAGAACGCCCAAGCCCCAGUGGAGAUGAAGAUCAACUAGAAGGCAGUUUGGUGCGUAAACAUGAAUGGGAAUCUACCACAAAGAAGGCCUCAAAUCGGUCUUGGGACAAAGUUUUCCUGGUGCUUCGUGGAAAUAUGCUAUUCUUCUACAAAGAUCGAAAGAGCUACCAAGCUGCUCCUGAUGUUUACUUCAGAGCUGAAGCUCCUUGUGAUGUCUCAGGUGGUCAAGCAUCGAUCGCUGAUGACUACACAAAGAAGAAGCACGUUCUGCGACUCAAAUUGGUUGGUGGUGCUGAGUAUUUGUUCCAAGCCAAAGAUGAAGAGGAGUUGACGGUGUGGGUUGGUUCUCUUCAGUAUGCAACAUCAUCUGAAGGAUCAGCCGGUCCUUCUCGUUCCCAGACCCUCCCAGCUGGCUCUGAGAAGAAGGAUGAGCCCAAGAGACGCAGCUUCUUCACCCUCAAGAAGAAAUAAUGGGCUGAAUGUCCAUAACUGUUCACUCUCCCUUUUAUUUUUUUUAUUUCUCAGCCUACACUUAUUACCUUUACAAUAAUUUCCAUUUCUUAAUCUCCUUAGCAGUAUCUUACUCUUCCAAGCCCAGUUUCAGACCCAGUGUGGUAUAUAUACAUAAGAAUUGGAUUGCUAGCAUUGGUCUGGGGGCAUGUAUUAUUGGCUGCUGUUUCAUUGCUACUGGGAAUGGAAUAAGAAUAGAAUUUGCUUUUGCAUCAAGUUUCUUUUCAUGUAAUGUUUCCCAGACUGGGUCUGAACAGCAGUAGCAUCAUGAAAUCAUGUUAAUUUUCAAACAUCCAAUUUUUAUUCCCUUGUUCAGUUAGCAAUACCACACAAGGUAUUAUUUUUCCCAAGGAGUAUAAAGUGUUGAUAGUUUUGUGUAAUAGCUCUGGUGGAAGAAUGAGAGUCUGUGCAGUUUCCAAAUGUCUGCCUAGCACUGCCAUGGCUGAGUUUUCCGAUGAAUGAUCCUCUUUUUGUAGAGGUGUGUGUGUGUGGAAUUGUAUAUUUAGUGUUAUGUCAGAUGUACCUUACUUUACAGAAGUAAUGAUUUGUUAAUUUUAUCUGUCUAUAGCUGUGUAGUAUCACAGUUUUGACUAGAUAGCACAUAAUUGUAUUGUACAGAAAUGUUAGAAUCGUACCUAUUAUGCUGCUUUAUGCUUACAUUUUUAGAAAUAUAAUAUUUCAUGUUUCACUUCAUAGCUGUUCAAAUCAUUACCAGAGUAUGGAAGGCCAGCCAGUAUCAUAAUUUUUGUGAAUGGGCUAAUUCAUUCUGCUUUAAAGUGUAGGUGUGGCACAGUUAUGUUUCAUUUAAUUUUUAAAAAUUCAACCUUAUCUGGUCUUAGUCUACAAAAUCAAGUUCAUCUCUACAUCAACAAUGAAUUGAAGACUCCACGAGUAGUUCUUGGAGCAGCCGCCACCUACCAGAUGGCCAGUUUCCCAAGUGGUCAAGAUGAACACGGUAUGGCUUGCCCUCACUGUGCUUGAUUUUGUGCUUUAAUUAACGUCUAAUUACAUGCUGACUAGUUAACUGCUGGAAUCUCUUGUGUUAGAAAUUUUUCUACACUUUCUAAAGUUCUGUAAUUACAUUGGGAACUAAAGCCUAUACAUUCUAGUCAGGGAACUGUAUAUUACAGGUAUAAGGUUCAUCUCAGUGCUGUAUACCAUUGUGUAUAUGUUACCCAGAUAGGUUGAGAUGCCUUAAAAUCCAUCCCUUAUACAUGGUUUAUGUUAUGCAUCAGUUUUAAGAUUUUUAAUAUUUGUUCCUGAUUGUAUUAAUUGUUUUAAUAAGUGUUCCCUUUGUAUAGCCCCAUUAGUAUUCACAAGAGCUCCAGCAGCACUUACUGGCAGCACUAUGGUGACUAACAGCAAUUUUAUGCAUUGUUCCACAAGCUAUAGACAUCUAUCGGUCAUCUACCACUAACUUUUUAAUGGAGGGAUGUUAGAUACAUGCUUACUAGCUUUAUAGCUGUAGGAUAAGGUUUCUGGCUAAAUUGAGAGAGGUAAUAUUAAUUGUUACAGAUAGUGACCACUGUAUACAGUAUCAUAUAUUGUGACACUUAAAUAAAAUGGUUUUAAGCUAU